ACACGCCCACUUCUUCUUUUUAAGCCAUGUGGUUGUUUCGAUGAUAAAUAACAGGAAUACUUGACGAAAAGCUUUUUUUCUAGCUUUAUUUUGAUCUCUCCAAAACAAAACGAAGCACAGGACAACAUGCAGUCCCGAGGCGUCGUGGAGCUCCAGCAGCAGGUGGAGACGCUGCUCGGGACUCUGGUGAAAGCGGCCGCGGUGGAGUUGACCAAACUGUUCGAGAGCACGUACCUAGCCUCCGCUGCAGCCACAGACCCGGGCCGCAGGGACAACCAGAGCGGAAGUGUGAAGGCAUUUUACCCUUUAAAUGCUGCAGAGGGUAAACAGAGUAUCGGCGUGCAAGUAGACGUAGUUGAUUGUACGCCGACAGCACUGCAUGAUCCCAUCUUGUGCUCAGAUGAGGUUGGUUUUAAGGUGAAUGACCUCAUGCCCCCAGGACUUCUUCUGUCAGAAGAUGAAGCCCCCGUGGCCCCCCUCUGGUCACCGAUUAACACACAGCAGAAUGUUGCUGAUGCUGGGGAACUGUUGCAGACUUUUUUUCAAACUGACACCACAUCUCUGAAUAACUCUGAGUCAGAGUCACGCAUGAAAGAUGAACAUCCAAAUGAACCCAAGGCAUCUUCAGACAAAUGUCUUGAAAGUCCAUCGCGGUCUUCCAGUAAAAAGAAAGUCUAUGUGAUCCAACCGAGUGUCAGUGAUGCCACAUUGGACCAGACUAAGUUUGUUUGCCCAAUAAUCCUCAAGACUCGCCCUUCAAAAGCAGAGCCUGAAAUCUCAGAACAGUCUAUUCACACCGAGCCUCAACAAGCCAAAGUGAGCACUGCUAAAGGCAGGGCCUACAGCCCAUCUCUGUCUGAUGGGACAAUUACCCCUGCUCAGGCCGGAGUGUCUCCCCAAAACCAGCCCCUGAUAAAGCUGCAGUCACUGGAUAUGAAGCUACUAAAGCCAUGUGCGGUACAACUGGUUAAUCUGCUAUCUGUGCCUCAGGGUGUUCCCAAACCCCAGGAUGUCAGUGGGAAAGCAGGGUGGUCUGUGCCAAGGGACCUCCGGCCUCACCAGAGUUUUCACACGGGCCAUCGUUUGUGCUGCUUCACAAAGUGUGACAACGAUGUGUGGCGCCUACAGAAGAUUGUAACUCACUCUCGAGGCGGCUAUGCGUGCAGCAAAUGCGGGAAAACGUUUAAGCACAAAAAGAUUUUGCGGCGCCAUGAGCGUUUUCACACUGGAGAAAAACCCUAUGCGUGCUUGCACUGCUCCAAGACUUUUGCCCUGAGGAAGAGCCUCCGGCGACACAUGCGCUUCCACUCAGGGGAGCGGCCGUAUAGCUGCACUCAAUGUGGGAAGUGUUUCCGGCUCCGAGAGAACCUCAAGGCCCACCUGCGUUUCCACUCGGGGGAGAAGCCAUACUGCUGCUCGACCUGUGGGAAAACCUUCAGAAUCCAGAAGAACCUGGAAAAGCACACGCUGAGCCAGUGUGGCUUCUUUGUCCCCUCCUUCAGGACUAUUGCCGGCUUGUAGCUGUCACACCACUGCCUCUUGGGACAUUUGUAGCUCUACCUCAGGGGAACUCAAAAAACUGUAGAAAGUUACUUUUUUAAGUGCUUUAAACACUGGAUCAUUCCUCCAAUUAACAGAUUUUAUAUCUGUUGUUUACAUUUACUGUAAGAUAAAGACGUGUAUAUGGAGAUAUUUUAACCUUUUUUUUUAAACAUUUGGCAACAUGUUAAUCUCAUUUAUAAUGUGGCUAAAACAUACUUUACUACUUGUUUGUGAUUUGUAUACUUUUGUUACCCUAUCAUUCCUCUUUUGCAAAAGUGUGAAAUAAUAGCAAUGUUGGGCGUGUUCUAUCAAAAUGAUGACUGGAUUCGAUCAGUUCAAAUCUCAAAAGUUUAUUUCCCUGACAGUUACAAUCUAAUACAGUACCCGGGGUCAAAUGAUCUAUCCCUGGUAUGUGCAGCAGGCG